UCGCCCCUCGGAAUCAAAAAAAUCGCUGCCGCCCGCCCGCUCGCCCGCUGCCGGCGUCGGCGACCCCCCUGCGCCUUCCCCCGACUUCCCCCAGGCCCCAACAGCCGUCGCGUCGCUCCCCCACCCUCCGCACGGCGGCGCCCGGCCAUCUCCAAGCUGUCGGCGCGCCGCGCGCCGCCGCGGCGCCGCCCGAUAUCCCCCAGCCGCCGAUGCGCCGUCGCUCCCGCCCCCCUCCCACCCUCCGCGCUCCACUGCGUGGCCUCCUCCAGCCGUUCGGCACCGCCGCGCGGCGGGCGCUGACUGCCGUCGCUCCUCCACCCUCCGACGGCCACAGCGCCGCCGCCCGGCGCCACCACCCAGCCUCCUCCAGCCGUCUAGCGCCAGCGCUCGGCCUCCCCCAGCCGCCGUCUGUCCCCCACCCUCUGCACGCCGCAGCCUAGCCUCUUCCAGCCGCCGCCAAGUCUCCAAGUCGGCGCCUGAGAGACUAGUUUCUGGUUUCGAUGAUUUUACAAUGUUUCUCUGGGAACCAACAAUGAGUAAACAGCCCAAAGCUCGCAUGACUAGUCAUCAAAAGCUCGUAAUCCGUGUCUACUUCUGUCCUGAUGGGCAAUGGUUGGCAAGUGCCUCCUUUGACAAAUCUGUCAAGUUGUGGAAUAGUAUUACAGACAAAUUUGUUCCAGCUUUCAGAGGGCAUGUUGCAGAUGUCUACCAGAUCAGUUCCGUGGAGGAAAAUCAUAGGAAUUUGUCAUGAACAUCAUAGUUCUUGUCUAUGGCCUCUUCUACCAUUCAUGCUAAGUUUUUCUUCUAACAUUGUUCUGUUCUUACUACAUCACCUAUUGCUUAUUUUUGAACAUACAGUACUAGUAAGUUUUAUAUGCUGCUAUUUUGAAUAAGUUUUGUUAGUCAAGUUAGGCAAGAUAGCCCUAUUGCAGGUCCUGCAACUUAAUUAGUUUAGAGAAGCCUGUUAAUCCAUUGUUCCAUUCUGAUAUAACAUCAAACCUUAACUUCAACUUAAUAUAUAGAAAACUGAGACAACCAACUACAACAUGUGUUUACUGUUUCACUAUAAGUUCGUGCUCAAUAUGUAACAAUAUUUAUUAGCUCACAUUUCUUUCAUUUUACAUAUAUAUCAUGCAUUGCAGGUUUGUGGGAAUGCAUCUUACAAGACCAUGACAAUAUAUGUCAGCAUGCCUUUGGAAGGAACAAGAGUUAUGGCAGCUGUGAACCUUUUUUUUUAUUGUUGUUUUGAUCGGUGAGUGUAUUGUUACAUGUGAGACUUGACUUUAAUUUACGAUAUUCUUUGUUAUAUUGUAUGUUAAUAUAUAUUGAUGUAUGCUAUAUAUCUUGGGCCUAUCUAGGCUUUUCAAAUUGGUUUGGCCUACUUGCUAAAUGUAUAUAAUAUAAAUGGGCUGAAAAUAGCAUAUAGGCCUUAAAUGGGUUAGAUGGUUAUUACUGGGUACAAAUCUUGGGCCUUUGGCCUUUAUAGUGUUUUUAAAUGGGCUUGGCCUGCUUGCCAUUUGUCACAAAUGAAAAUGGUAUAAUAUAUAUUGGGCUGA